GGCCCAGCGAUUGGUUGUUGUGGAGGUCGUACGAUCGUUUGUAAUUUUUUUAGUCUUUGCUUUUUAGUGUGUCGCACAAAUCUUCAGGCAUCCGUUUACCCCCGAAAUUUUGUGAAUUAUACCUGGAUAUUGAGAUGACAAUGGCCCUCCGUUGAAGUCGGUGAACAGCUGAUGGUUAUUGGACUGGUUUUCGUGGUAUCUGGGGACUUGGGAGCGUGUGUUACUCGGGAAAUUGGGGGUUUGGAACACCAUGGCGGACUCGGGGACUUGGGCUCCGGUCCACGAUACCAAUGAAUUUCCCACUUUUCAAGCUAGUGACAGCUUCAAUCUCAACGAAAUGACGGGAUUCGAUGAUUUGCUGAAAAACUGUGAAAGUGAGCUGAUGAAGAACGAGAACCUCUUCAGUGACGACACCUUCCUGUCCGACCUGGGCGAGCCGAUUCCCAUGGAGAGCGACUUUGACUUCUUAUCAAUGGCAUCGGGCAACGUGACAUCCUUCAAAGAGGAGGACAUUCUGGAUAAAUUUGUGGAGCCCAAGAUGAUAAUGAUUCCCCCAGGGGAGGCGUCUAACCGAAAGCAGUCCCUCCAGCAGCCCUCAACCCCUGUGCAGGCCACAGGUCAGCAGCCAGAGGUCGCAAUGGCGCCUAGUCAGCGUCCCCAGAGGAUAUCAGUCCUGCAGCAGCCAGCUCCUGCCGUCUUCACCUCCCAGCAGUACACAAUCCCCCAAAACGUGAACUUCAACGUUCAAUCCCCAGUGGUAACCCUAGCCCCAGUGGCAGGCCAUCAACGUCAGCUUCUGCUGCCAGCGAAGCUCAUAAAAUCUGAGUCUGUUGUGUAUCCCCGAGGCUCCCAAACAGUCACCUCAACGUCAGUUCCCCACCAGAUCCACACUCUGGUGAACACAGCAAACGGAACAGUCCUUGCGACAGGAAUUCCAGUUGUCCUGGACACUGACAAGGUCCAAAUAAAUCGAAUAAGCACCAAUGGGACGCCCCUUGGAGUUCCCAAGGUACGUGAGGUCAAACGAAGUGCUCACAACGCGAUAGAACGUCGAUACCGAACCUCGAUAAACGAUAAGAUAAUCGAGCUGAAGAAUAUGAUUGUGGGGGUGGAUGCUAAGUUGAAUAAAUCAGCCAUCCUCAGGAAGACAAUAGACUAUAUAAGAUUCCUUCAGAACUCCAACGCCAAACUGAAGGCGGAGAAUAUGACCCUGAAGAUGACAGCGCAGAGGCAGAACCUGAGGGAGCUAUUGUCCAUUGGAGAAUUGACACCACCCAGGUCUGACACGAGUGAACCUUCGCUAUCACCGGUUCCCACGAUUCCUCCCCUAUCUCCCGCUUCACCGGCGUCUAUUAAAGAGGAGCCCGAGGGUCACCAGCAUUCGAUAAUGAGUGAUAGAGCCUCGAUAUCACCCAAAACAAUUUCAGGAUUGAGAGAUAAUACUCGUCUCACUCUCUGCGCAUUCCUCUUGAUUUUCUUGGCGUUCAAUCCUCUGGGAAUUGUAAUGAAUAAUUAUGGUAGGCUGUCACUGUCCUCAGAGGAUUACGCAACUACCCGAGUCGAUGGAAGAGUGAUUAUGAGACACGAGGAGGGAGGGGAUCGUGAUGAAUACUUCAGGAAUGGAACGAUUUGGAGUUUUGAAAACAUGAUUGUCUGGUUUAUAAAUAUUCUCCUGCUAACAGGGGGUCUCUGCAGGUUGAUUGUAUAUGGAGAUCCUGUCAUUCCCACCGAGAGCAAGGCUUUCCUAGAGUUACGUCGUUGGCGACGUCAGGCUGAGUUCAACAUGUCACUGAAUGAGAAUGCUAAAGCCCAAUCAGACCUUGGGCAGUGUCUUCGCUACUUCGGGCGUUGUUUACCCUCAUCGAGGAUUGAAAUUUACAUGGCAACACUUUGGCAAAUUGUUCGCCAAGUUCUCCACAAGUUGUGGAUCGGAAAGUGGGUGUUGAACGUUGGUAAAUGGCUGUCUGAGAGAAACGAGAGGAAUCAGGCGGAAACAACCGCAGCUGAGUUGGCAAUCACGUACGGGAGACUUCUGAGUCUUCGUCUAUCUCAGGGGCUUACAAAGGGUACCCUGUUCCUGGCGAUAUCAUCGGUGAACUACGCUGAGGCUGCUGGCGAGAAUAUCAAUAAAAUCUGUCUCACUGAGAUCUACAUAAAUGCAGCACUGGCUUUCAAACAAUCGAUUUUUCCACUCGUUCACAAGUACUACGUGUCCAAGGGAAAAGCUUUGCUGUCAAGUGUACCAGUGGUCCCUGCGAAGUUCAAGUGGCUGAUGACUGAGGAGGGACUGAGGUUCCUCGUGUCCAAUAAGUGGCUGUACUCGAGACCAACCGUUAAAUCCACUCUCCCAGGUGACAGCAAGAAUUCUGGCAAUUCUGGAUCAAAUGUCUCUGCUAUUUCCUCAGGAAAUGUCAGGGAUUCCAAGUAUCACGAUGAGUUCACCUCCCAGGAGAGCAGAACUGAUGCCCUGUCAUUUGCGGCGAGGGCAUACAGAGAGCACCUCAUUAGUCAAUGCCUGAAACUAGUAGCUGGAACUGCUGCUAAUGGGGAUUCACAUGCCUCAGCGAUGCUUCAACUCUCGAAGGCUGUUAUUGAUUCCGCUGAUGUUGAGUGUCACUUCUCCGGUGAUGAGGGGACUGGUGGUGCCUGCGAGGAUGCUGUUGGGCUCUGGUGGGGAGCAGUUCUCUGGGCUGCUGCCUGCUGGAGGCUCGGUGAGGAAGACUCCACACCCUGGACUUUGGCGGAGACGAAAUUUCCACAUGAGAGGAACUUCAAUGAAAGCUCUGGGGCUAGUCCUCUGCCUCAUGCGGUUCUGUGCGUUAUUCAGGCUGCUAAGAGACCUACCAGCAGGAGUUCGAUCAGGCUCAUCGAUCAAGCUGGAAGACAUCUUGAGCAUUCGUUGGUUUAUUAUCACUGCAAGCAGCAGCCUUCCCAGAAUGUUCAGCUGGUUCACUUGUGGCUCUGCGACUGGCUCCUGGAGCUGAGGACUAUCCUUUGGCAGGAACUGUGGGACAGCCAGACAAGUCCUACCCCUACCGCAACCAGUACUUUCCUCGCGGGAUUCCAACAUGACUUGGCACGUUUGAGAAAGCUCAGUCGAGACAUUCCGUCCGUCCUCCCAAGAAUUUUUCUGUACGAAGCAACAGCAAGAAUAAUGGCAGGUGCAGCCCCCGUAAAAACCCAAAUUCUUCUCGAUCGUAGUCUACACCAUAGGAACUCACGAUCAUCCAUAAUAUGUGGUAAAGAUCGAUCGCAAGAGAAUGCCACAGGUGAACGAGAGCACGCAGCUGCCCUGUGUCUUGCCUGUCGGCACUUGCCAGCCCUUUUGCUUGCCUCACCCGGUGAACGAGCUGGAAUGCUCGCUGAAGCCGCCAAAACUCUCGAGAGAAUAGGGGAUCGUAAAAGACUCCAGGAGUGCUACGAGCUUAUGCGUCAACUUGGCCCUGCGAUAACUGCUAAUUGAAUUUGAUGAGUAACCUUCAGUUCUCGUGUCCAUAAUUCUCACUAAUUAUUUAUUGUAUAUAAUGAUUUAUUGCUGUUUUAAGUUUCAUAGACUUUUUAAGAGUUCGUAAUCAUCGGUGAUGAUGUUUGUUAAUAAAAUAUUUUAUAAAAUUCA